GACAGUUUUAGUUUUAUUCAGUCAGUCGAAAAAUGGCUCGACGAACGUGGCAUAUGUUUAUCGUGAUAACACUAAUAUUUACGAUUUUAUCACUCGUUGGGGAUGUAAAUACUUCAUCACCGGCACCAUGGUACGAGAACCUGCCCGCGGUGACCAUGGACUACAAAGUUCACGUCGACGCGGGCAAAGAAGACUGUUACUUUCAAUACGUGCAGCCGGGAGCCACAUUUUACGCCAGCUAUCAGGUGUUGAAAGGAGGUGAUGGCAUGUGCGGGUUCGCGGUGCGGCACCCUAACGGGCAGAUCGUGCACCCGUACGAGUGGCGGCAGAGCGCGGAGUACGCGGACCAAUCGUCGUCGGGGGGCUACUACGCCGUGUGUAUCGACAACCAGUUCUCGCGGUUCGCUGGCAAGCUGGUAAACCUGUACCUGUCAGUGAUCCGUUACGAUAUGUGGGAGAAGUACGCCAAGGAGGUCGAGGAGCUGGACAUGAAUAUUAAGAACUUUACUUCGUCCAUCCAGCUGGUAGAGCGCAACAUAAACGACAUCCUACAGUACCAGUACCACUCGCGCGCGCGCGAGUCCCGCGACUACAACUUGUUACAGGACAACAACACGUAUGUGCUCAGGUGGUCAUUUAUCCAGAUCCUGGCCAUCACAGCGACAGGGACAUUACAAGUUUACUUUUUAAGGAAACUCUUUGAAGUUAAGGACAACUCUUCAAAAACAAGAAUAUAGAUAGAGUAUAAGAGAAUCACAACUCAGACAAAUCAGCCUAUUCACUUGCGCCACUCUAGGCCUUAAAUCACGGUUAGACACAACACAUGUGCACAUUAGUCAUAAAUGUGUAGACUGUUUUGUCUGAGCGUUUAUUUUGUAAAAAUGCAUUUGUUAUCAUAAUUUCAACUUGUUGACUGACUCUAACAUUCCUUCUCGAUUAAUUUCCAAUAAUGAGUACUAAAUGGUGCAUGAAUUGAUUUCUUUUUCUAUGUUAACUUUUUUGUAAGUACCUAAAUCUAAUGGCCUCUUAGCAUUUUUUUUUGGUUAUUCUAUUAUUUUUACUUGACUGAUGACUAGCAAGGGAUUGAUGAUUGAAGUUGGUCUGGAAAAAUGACUGUGCUCAUUAGUCUUACUGUCUUUAAGGGUCAUAUUGCUAUUUGUGACGUUUUCAAGUAAAAGGUACCACAUUGUCGCUUACCAUAAGACCGAAAUUUGCUUGUAUCUUUAUACGAAUAACGUAUCAGCGCGUCCUUAUGGCAAGCGACAAUGUGGUAUCUGUUGCUUGAAAACGACACAUUUCAUGUUUUAAUGCAAAGAAAUCUAAGGACUGUCAAAAAUGUAACGAAUAGUAUUACAAUUUCAAGGUUCAUAUAAUAAUUUAUGAUAAUAUCCACUAAAAAUUUAUGAUAACUACUCAAAAUUAAAUAAUUUUUGUCUAACCUACUCAAUUAAGAUUAUUUCUGCUACUCUAUAGUUUUAACAAUUUUUACUAAAUCACAUUGAAUUAUUUUAUUUUAAGACCAAGAUCUGCUUUUUACUUUUAUAUUUUUUAUAAGGACUGUACAAUUUCCAAGGUGCACAAUAUCUGCUGUUACUUUGUUUUUACGUUUUUACCAUGUUUAUGAUUUGUUUAUUUUUGACACAUGAAUGUGUUCUAUGCUGUCUAAAAUAUAAUUUAUGAAUUUGUUUUUGAUCUGAAUUAAAGAAUAAUAUUUUAUACAAAUU